CUGGGCCAAAGGUAGCACAGUGCGCACCACAAUUUCGAAAUUCCCGCGAAUGGCGAGAAAUGUCAAUGUAGCGUUACCGUCUGGAGAACACUUCCGCUGAAUAAUUGUCAACAAUGGCAGUCUGUGUCGCAGUUAUCGGCAAAGAUAAUUCACCUUUAUAUAUUGGUGGUAUCGGCAACGAUACAAGCACUGAUAAUGAACUGUCUCGUCAAUGGCUCGUGCACACUGCGUUGGAUGCUCUGGAAGAGAGACUUGCUAGUACUAAUACUAAUAACACAGGUGCCAAUACGAACGCCGCUCGCACCGAUCUGAGAGAUUUGUACUUAGGUCUACUAUAUUCGACCGACACUCAUAAAAUUUACGGUUACGUGACGAACACGCGCAUCAAGCUGGUUCUAGUGACCUCGUCUACGUCUCCAAGUGGCUCUAACAUUCGUGAUGCAGAAGUGAGGACAGCACUCCGCCGCCUGCACGCACUCUAUGCUGAUGCUAUCUGCAAUCCAUUCCAUUUGCCUGGAGAUCAAAUUACUUCCUUGAAAUUCGACAAACAAGUCAAGAAUAUUAUGCUUAACAAUGUUUGAUCCUGGUUUUCUCAAUAUGCUUAAGUGAAGUACAGUCAACGUCACUAGGCUAUUAUUAUUAUAUUAAUUUGCCAACGUAAUCUGUUACAUUAUUGAAUAAUGUUUGAUGCUUAAAAUAUAGGUUCCGUAUUAUCCUUAAAGCCAUAUAAAUAUUGAACAUUAUUUAAUAAUUGAUGCUUCCCUUGCCUGUGACAUUAUGCUAAAUGCUUGUGAUUGUACCUUCACAAUUUUCUUGUAACUCAUGUAACUGUUAGUAUAAUCUAUAAUAUAAAAAUAAGUCGGGUUUUCCUUCCUGACGCUAUAACUCCAGAACGCACGAACCGAUUUGCACGGUUUUGCAUUCGUUGGAAAGGUCUCGGGUUCUGUGAGGUUUAUAGCAAAGAUAAUUCAGGAAAAAAAAAUUCAUGGUGGCGAAACGGAAUUCGCCAGGUUUGCUAGUAUAUUAUAAUUUACUUUAAGUUAAUUGACAUCAAAUGAUGUUUGACUGUUUAUAUCCAUAAUUAUACUUAAUAAAUAAAGCUUUAUUUACUGGCACCUUA